GCGGGUCGGACACACGCGAGAUGCUGACAUAAUUAUUAUUUAUUCAUUUCGUUUUGUGUAGACAUAUUAUUGUAUAAUUAUUAUUACUUAUUGUAAAUUGAUCAAUUAUUUGAGCUUAAAAAAGUGACGUUAAUUUAAUCUUGAAAAAUUGUUGAAGAAAAAUGUUACAUUUUUCCGGUUUUGUGUUGUUUCUGUUUUUCACAAAAUCUAUUAAUGCUGAGUGCUAUGAAAAACUCACUUACGGUAAUUAUGAGGAGAAUUAUGAAGAAGACAGUAAUAUUGCUAGUGAAGAAAUAAUUUGCACAAAUGUAAAUUCAAUUCAGGACAUUGUUUAUUCUUUCCAAAGGGAAUCCUAUGAGCAAAAUUUAGUUAUUACAAACUCAAAUAUCUUAACAAUAAAUCCAUCGGAGUUAUCUCAGUUUGUUACAAUAAAUAAGUUAUUUAUAAAUGGACAACACGUUAGAAAUAUCUUACCAGGAGCUUUCAGCGGUCUCAUAUCUCUUGAAGAACUGCAUCUCAACAAUAACAACUUAACAAAAAUUGGAAAUGGUGUCUUUAAUUCUUUACAUCAUUUGCAAAUCUUGAAUUUAGAACAUAAUAAAAUUCGAUGGAUUGAAAUCUUUGCUUUUAUGGGUAUGUCUAACUUACAACAUUUAUAUUUAAGUGAUAAUAAUAUUUCUAUUAUUGACAAUGGAACAUUUGUAAAGUUGCAUACCUUGACAAGUCUCAAUGUAUCGCAAAAUCCAUUACAACAAUUUCCUUUUAAUGAUUUAUCGGGCAUUAAAAAACUGCAUUUGUCAAAUACAAAGUUAAGUCGAAUAGAUCAAGAUUUGUCAAACUUAUCACUGAAUGUAUUUGAUAUGUCUUAUUGUCAAUUGUCUAGCAUAGAUUUUGCUUAUUUCCCACAAGUUGACGUGCUGUAUUUAUCACAUAAUGAAAUAGUUGUUUUAAAAAAUUGUGAAAUGAUUAACGCUAGUAAUAUUCUACUUGACUAUAAUCAAAUAAAAAAUAUUGAUGGUUGUUUUGAUGGUGAUGAACUUGAUUUAAGUCAUAACAGAAUCGAAGUUCUAAAAACUUUAAGACCAGAAUUUAAAUUUCUUGAUUUUAGUUACAACAAAAUUUCAAAACUAGAAAGUUGUGUUUUUUGUAAUUUAACAUCUCUAGAACAAUUAAACUUAAGACAUAACAUUAUAUCGAAAAUUAAUCCUGAUUUAUUUCGUAAUUUAAAAAAUUUGCAUUUGUUAGACUUGUCGCAAAACCAUAUCGAAGAAUUUUCGUAUGGACUGUUCGACAGUUUAAUCAAUCUUGUAAGUUUAAACAUUUCUAACAAUAAACUGAUUAAUUUAAAUUGCUUACACUUUCUCCCAAAUUUACGAAACUUGUACUUUGACAACAAUUUAAUUUCAACGUUUGAUUCAAAAGAACUAAUUCAACAUUUGCCAAAACUAGAAUUUAUUUCUUUCAAUUUAAAUCCAUUAUCUUGUAGAGAACUUGUCUCCAUUGUUCAUUAUUUGCAAACCAGCGAAAUCGCUAUAUCUGAAGGUUAUUCAUAUGAUAUUGAAAAUGUUAGAGGAAUGGCUUGCACUAAAUCAGAAACUUUACUUCCAUCUGCCGAAAAUUUUGUACGAAAUUUUGAAAAUUCUCUCAAAACUAUUUCGUUUAAAAACAUAACUCAAAAUUUACAAAAAUCGAUGAGUGAUAGUUUGGAGAAUAUGAAAAUUUUAACAAAUUUUAACACUUCGGAUUUUUCACAAUUUUUCAAUAAAGGAUUUAGUCAAAGUAGUUUUUUUAAAUACUUUGAGAAUUAUAAAUUGAUGACCUACAAUUUGAAUGAAUCCAAGACUGAAAAAUUGAUAUCGCAACCCAUGCAAGAAAAUAGUGAUACUAAAAUAUUUGUAUUUAGUUUUAUCAUUCAAAUUGUUACUUUAUUAGCGUUAAUCUUUAUUAUCUACCUUAAGUUUACUUUCUUUAAAAAUAUGAGCGCACAUAAGAAAAUAGAAAUGUCUCAGUUAGAGUUGUGUUGA